ACGGUGACGUUGGCAACCGAAAAAAAAUAACCCGCGCGUCAAUUGUCAAAGGCGCGUUCUUUGACGCCCGAGACGUCACCCCGGCACUUUCCGGCGUUUUCUUUCAUGUUCGCACCGAUUUCCCGGGAAAAUGGACACGAAAGCGACGAUCGUGCAGAGUCCGUUCAGCAAAUACGGACACGACUGCUCCCUGGAAGACCUACCGGACGAGUAUGAGUACAACGGGAUUCCGAAUCGGGGUUUUUUGAAUAAAUUAAGGAGAAUGACCAUCAGGGCAUGCGCGGUUUCCGAGAGCAGCAAAAUGUACACGCACCACCUGCGCAGCUUCGGGGCCAUAGUGAAGGAGCGCAGGCGUCAGGUGGUCAACUACGGGUUUCGCAUUCAUCCCUUCAGUAGGGCGUACCUGGUGUGGUCGUGCAUCAUGGUGUUCGCGAUCGCCUUCGAGAUCUUCUUCACCGCUUUGGAGUUUCUGCUUAGGGGCAUGCCCGAGUGUUUCCUCUACACCAGCCACUGGAUCAUCGGCACCACCGCCACCGACUCGAUAUUCGUCCUCAACGUCCUCCUGCACUUCGGUACCGGGUACUACGACGAACCUCGGCAGGAGGUGGUGCUCGACUUUAAACGAAUCGCCUUGCAGUACCUUAAGACGUACUUUUUCCUGGACCUGUUGGCUUGUCUCCCACUGGUGUUGCCGCCCUAUUUGUGGGAGAUCCUCCCGUUUGCCGCCCAAGUUGCCGUGGACCUCUUGAUCGUGAUGAAGUUCUUUCUGAUCAUUCGGUUUUAUAAGUACUUUAAGUACUGCGCAGAGAUCCUGGACAUCAACUAUUACACCUACAUGGUCACCCUGGUGGUGGUUUUCACCCUCCUUUACUGGCACGUGACCUGCUGCAUGCUGAAAUUCACCAGGGAGCGCAUGGGCACCUCGAAAAAUUCGAUUUUCAUCCGCGCGAAGACCAUCCAGAGUCUGGUCGCGAAGGAGAAGGCGAGCGAGUACCCGGUGCUGUACGUCAUCAUCGGCGCCUUCUACCGUGGCUCCCUCAUCAUUUACAAUUCGAGUUACGGGAAAGUGCUGCCAGCCACUGAAGUGGAGAUUUUGAUCGUUUGGUUCGGUUGGUACGCCUCCAGUUUGUUCUUUAUUUACAUUUUGGCGAUGAUCAUGGAAAUAAUGAAGGGGAAAACGUCGGCCGCACACAAAUACGUGGAAAUGGAGAGGCAGCUUAAGGACUACAUGCGCCACAAGCAACUUCCGAUGCAGAUGCGCAGCCGCAUUCUCAUUUACUACGAGUUCCGCUUCCAGAAAAGUUACUUUAGGGAGAGCGAGAUCCUGGAAACGAUCUCGGAGCAGCUGAGACAGGAAAUCAACAUGCACGCGUGCAGGAAACUCGUGGAAAACGUGAUUUUCUUCCGGAAUUUACCGAUCAACCUGCUCGUGCGCAUCAUCUCCUGUUUGCGGAUCGAGGUCUACUUGGUGAAUGACGUCAUCAUCAAGGCGAACACCCCCGGUACCAGCAUGUACUUCAUAUCCACCGGCACCGUUGCCAUUUACACCAAAUCCGGAAAAGAGAUUUGCCACCUGGAGGACGGCUCGCAUUUCGGCGAGAUCGCUCUGAUCAUCAAGGGGACUCUGCGCACAGCCUCCGUGAUCGCCGUCGAGGUGUCUGAGAUCUACCGACUGGACCAGAAGGACUUCGUCAAGGCCAUCAAUCCGUAUCCAGAUUUGUUGGCGAACAUUCAACACAUCGCAGCCGAACGCAUGGAAGUCGCCUCGAUGCUCGACGAUUACAACAAGAAGGAGCAACAGGCGAAGCGAUAGAUUUUUAGGUUAAAAUGUGAGGAGUUGCUCUUCCUGGAUCUCCAGCGGCGUGAGGUGGAAGAGGAGUGUGAGGUGUAAGGAGGAGCCAGGUCUCCGGAAGUUUAUUAUAGUGAAUAGUCAAGUGGAAUAGUAAGCGUAUAAUGUUUAGAGUAUUUGUUCGGAAUUUAUGUGAUUGUUCCCUAUUUUCUUGUCAUUAAAGAGUUCGUUCGAUAAGGUG